GCCUGCAAGCGGCCUUUAAGAUGCUAUAACAAUCACUCACCAAGGUAGUUCCUGGUUUAGUUAGUUGGUUGGUUGCGAUGCUAGAAUAUGAUUCUUAAACAUUAUUCAUGGACUCUUUUGCUUUGUAAUGUGUUAAUAUGCAGCAUAUAUGGCAUUCAGAAAGUCCGCAGCUAUAAAGCUGUCCGAUAUCAGAGUGCUCUGGGAAGACUUUGGCACCCCUUACACCUUCGUCCUCGCAGCCGCGCGCACUCGAGUGGACCCCAACACCGGGAUAGCAUCAAGGGUGGAGGUUCACCAUAUAUAAGUCCAGAGUCCCACUCAACAUAUGACCAGAGGGAAGAUGUCCAGCGUCACACCAGUACUGUUUUAGGUACCCCUGUCCCUCGUGAGCAGGUCAAACUUAUGCCGGUGUUCCACGGGCGCCCAGGCCUUGGUGUUGCUCAAUCAUCCAUGAUCCAGUUUGGGUCUGCCCAGAGUGAAAGCGCCUCCCGUGUAUUUAACCGGUUGCUGGGCGGCUUUACCUCCUCCCCAGGUUGGCUUAGCCCGGGGAGUGCCAGUGGCCACGGCCAUGCCCAUGCCCAUGCCCAUGCCCAGAGGGGAUUGAACCAAAGUCUUGCUACCUCUAACGUCUUCAGCCCUCAUCCUUCCUCUCAAAGGAACCAUGCCUCUUCCCCAGUCACCUUUGGUUCUGGGCAGAAUACAGGCAUGUCCUUUGGUUCUCGUGACAACACCGCAGGUUCAUUCCCCAGGAUCAUUUCCUUUGUCCCUGAAGGGAGUGUUCGGAAUCCAACUACAGGGCACUUUACCUCAGGUGGCAGUACCCUCCGAAAACCUACCUCUGUCCAAUAUACAAACGCCAAUGCAGCACCUUUCUCUGCUCAGAGAAUCUCCCACCGCCCUACCCCAAGCUCAAGUCUGGCUUCUUUGGGCACACGCUACUCAGUCACCCACCGCUAUACUCAAAGAUCAAAUCUGACUUCUAGGGCUAACCAGACUGUCCCCAAUAGAUCUGACUCCAGGGCAGGCAGUUUAGUAAUAGGCCACCAAAACUUCACCCAAGAACGUAAAGUCCCUUUUGGCUCUCAUGUAGUACGGCCCCCUAUCAGAUUUGUUCAAUUUAUGCCACAAACGGCAGCUCCUUCCCCUAGUUGGGGAUCCCCCUCUCGCUUUGGCACCGUUGUGGUCACACCAGGCAUGGGCUCCACAGGCCACAGGCAGCACUACUCCCAGUACGGUUCCAGCAUGCCUGCAGAAGGUGGCCCUGAUCCAGCCUACACCAGGAAACCUAUUUCUGGAAAUGCCGAAAGAACCCAUGGCUGUGUAGAGAGGGGGUGCUAGAAUGCAGGUAAAGAUGGUGCGUUUCAGGAAUUCAUCUCAAGACUAUUGAUUUCCUUUAAAACUGCACUUAAGUGUUUUGGGCAUUUUGUUUUAUUUCCCAAGUUUCUCAUGGUAUAUUUGUCAUUUUGUACUUGUAAAAUUCACUGCCAAUAAAUUACACUGUGCAAUGCUC